AUGGCAUUCAUCUCCUAUGACAUUGGUGACAGCUCCGUUUUUCAACCUAAUCUUCAAGUUGAAUACAACUGCCCAGAGACUCAAACGAACAUGACAAUUGCUGGGAAAGGGGGAAAGAGAUGCCUAGAUGGUAUCUUGGAAAGAAUUGAAGCCCAGCAGUUCCAUCUCCUGAUCUUUCAAACAAAGCCGCAGAGUGAUAGUGGGGAAGAUCGGAAAAUGGCCUGCUCAAGUGAGAUCCAAGCAGCGUUUAUUCUCUCUUCCUUUGUGACCUUCUUGCUUGGACUCCUCAUCUUACUCAUUUUCAGACUAAUCUGGAGAACCAUUAAAAAAUGGCAAAACAUCAAGGGAACAGGAAUUCUCUUGGAACUACUCUUGACAAAGAGCAUCCGUAGUAAACAUUUAAAAAGUCUCCACUUCCAAGGAAUAUUUCGUAAUCGUAUAGAAAUGCUGCUUUCAGCACAGACCUUUGUGGGUCAAGUGUUGGUGAUCCUUGUAUUUGUACUAAGCAUUGGGUCUCUAAUAAUCUAUUUCAUCAACUCCUCUGACCCAGUUGGAAGCUGUUCUUCAUAUGAAGACAAAACCAUCCCUAUUGACUUGACUUUCAAUGUGUUCUUUAGUUUCUAUUUUGGGUUGAGAUUUGUGGCAGCCGAUGACAAGAUCAAGUUCUGGUUGGAGAUGAAUUCAAUUGUAGACAUCUUUACCAUUCCACCAACCUUUAUUUCUUAUUAUUUGAAGAGUAAUUGGCUAGGUUUACGGUUCUUAAGAGCUUUGCGGCUGCUAGAACUCCCUCAAAUCCUGCAAAUUCUCCAAGCCAUCAGAACCAGCAAUGCAGUGAAGUUUUCCAAACUGUUAUCAAUAGUCCUCAGUACCUGGUUCACUGCUGCAGGUUUCAUUCACCUGGUGGAAAAUUCUGGUGAUCCCUGGCUCAAAGGUAGAAAUUCACAGAAUAUAUCAUAUUUUGAGUCUAUUUACCUGGUCAUGGCAACAACGUCAACUGUUGGCUUUGGAGAUGUGGUAGCCAAGACAUCCCUAGGACGGACCUUCAUCAUGUUUUUCACUCUGGGGAGUUUGAUCCUAUUUGCAAAUUAUGUCCCUGAAAUGGUGGAACUUUUUGCUAACAAGAGGAAAUAUACCAGUUCCUAUGAAGUAGUCAAAGGGAAGAAGUUCAUCGUGGUCUGUGGAAACAUUACAGUUGACAGCGUGACUGCAUUCCUGAGGAAUUUUCUCCACCAUAAGUCAGGGGAAAUCAACAUCGAGAUUGUUUUUCUGGGAGAGGUCCCUCCUUCCUUGGAAUUAGAAACCAUAUUUAAGUGCAACAUGGCCUAUACAACUUUUAUUUCUGGAUCUGCACUUAAGUGGGAUGAUCUGAGGCGAGUUGCGGUGGAAUCUGCAGAAGCAUGCCUGAUUAUAGCCAACCCUUUGUGUAGUGAUUCCCAUGCUGAAGACACUUCAAACAUUAUGAGGGUUCUCUCUAUCAAGAACUAUAACCCUAAUACCAGAAUCAUCAUACAGAUACUUCAAUCCCAUAACAAGGUUUUUCUGCCAAAGAUCCCCAGCUGGAACUGGAAUACCGGAGACAACAUCAUCUGCUUUGCCGAGUUAAAACUUGGCUUCAUCGCCCAAGGCUGUCUGGUGCCAGGCUUGUGCACCUUUCUAACGUCUCUAUUUGUUGAACAAAACAAAAAGGUUUCUCCUAAACAGCCCUGGCAAAAAUAUUUCUUUAAUGGCCUGAAGAACAAAAUCCUGACUCAACGUCUCUCUGAUGACUUUGCUGGAAUGAGUUUUCCUGAAGUUUCCCGGCUCUGUUUUGUGAAGAUGGGACUCAUGCUGAUAGCCAUCGAACACAAAUCCAUGUUUCAUGGUUACUGUGGUCUGCUACUAAAUCCACCUGCACAAGUUAGGCUGCGUAAGAACACACUAGGAUUCUUUAUUGCUGAAUCUACAAAGGAAGUCAUAAGAGCCUCCUUUUAUUGUGCCAACUGUCACAGUGAUAUCUUUGCUCCUGAGCUAAUUGGAAAAUGUAGCUGCAAAGCCAAGAGCCAUCGACACUUCCCAGUUCCAAACUGUAAGAGAAUAAAGGAAUGUUGUUUUAACCACUGCUCCAGACCUGGAGGCCAGGACAGUGACCCACUUCUCUCAGGACUGAUGAGCAAUGUCAGCUUCACCACCAGGACUUUUCUGUAUGAAACAGUACAAGAUUCUGACCAGCUUGAUAGCAGUGGUAUGUUUCACUGGUGCAGAGCAAUCCCUUUGGACAGUGUGAUUCUGAAACGAAUGGACAAGUCAAAACAUGAGUUUCGGAACCAUGUAGUAGCAUGUGUCUUUGGAGAUGCUACCUCAACAUUGAUGGGGCUUCGGAAUUUUGUAAUGCCCUUGAGAGCUAGCAGCUAUACACGGCCGGAGCUGAAAGACAUUGUGUUCAUUGGGUCUCUGGAUUACCUGAAGAGAGAAUGGCUAUUUCUCCGGAAUUUUCCCCGGAUAUACAUUCUACCUGGAUCUGCACUCUUUCCUGAAGACCUCCAUGCAGCCAACAUAGAGGAAUGUUCCAUGUGUGCUGUCUUAUCCUCCUCAUCCAAGGCAUCAAGCAACCCAGCUCUGGUAGACACAGAGACCAUCAUGGCCACCCUCAACAUUGGAUCACUGAGGAUUAGCUGCUCUUCAGAAACUAGUUGUAGUGUCUCCAAAAGCACUGGUGGACACUUUGGCAGAUAUUCUGGGAAAUCAAAAUACCGAAGAAUCCCCAUCCUCACCGAACUGAAAAAUCCUUCCAAUAUCCACUAUAUUGAACAGCUGAGUGGACUGGAUGAAUCCUUCUCAGGAACAAGCCUGCAUCUCAGCACAUCCUUUUCCACAGGCACUGUCUUUUCUGGCAGCUUCUUGGAUUCCCUCCUUGCCACAGCCUUCUACAAUUAUCAUGUCCUGGAAUUACUUCAGAUGCUGGUGACAGGAGGGAUAAGUUCUCAGCUGGAACAGCAUUUGGAUAAGAGUAUCUGUGGGCUGACCCACAGCUGCACUUCAAUUAUGUCUGGAAGAGCACGGUGUAAGCUGGGGCUUCUGUCCUUAACUGAAACCAUCUUGUCAGACAUUAAACCAAGAAAGACAUUUGGGCAAGUGUUCUGUGGCUCAUUAGAUAAUUUUGGAAUCCUGUGCCUUGGUUUAUACCGCAUGAUAGAUGAAGAGGAGAACAAGCCGGAACAAAAAAGGGGAGUAUGCUUGCUUGGAGAGUUUGUGAUCACCCGGCCAGCCAAUGACUUUAAGCUCCUGCCCUCGGAUCUUGUGUUUUGUGCCAUCCCUUUCAGCACUUCUUAUUACAAAUUGGAUACUUCAUCUCAGAGUCCAUAUGAAAUGAUAAAUAUAAUGCCAACAUCAGAGAAACCUACAAACAUAAAUCAUUCUCCUACCAUUGACCCAGUCCACCGGACUACAACAAAACCUUUGAUGACAUCUGUUCAUUAUUUGGAGCCAAAAACUAUUUCCGUUAGUGAUUCUAAGCAAGCUGUAUUGACUCAGAGCAAUAAACUAUCAUCCCAGACACAUUUAGGUGAAACUGAAACUAUGAGAGAAAAUGGGAAGGAAAAAAUGAAGGAAAGCACAGAGGUGAAUGCCCCUGCUUCUUCAAAACCAAACUAA